ACUGUAAGGUUUGUGUAACGAAAAAGUUGGCCGGUGGUUUGUCUGUCAGACAGUCCGUACCCGGGGAAAAACGGAAAAACAAGCCUAAUACGUUGGCUUGUCGUUGUCUUGGUUACGAGUACUGUUUGAAGGCUUUUGAUUAUUGAGUAGCUAGCUAUGUAGCUAAUUGGUUUGGUUAAAGCAAGAGGGUUAAAGUAGUAGCUAAACGUUAAUGUUAGCUACAGGUCUUCAGUAAGAUAUCGUGACACAAUACAAAACAUGUCUGACACACUUAAACACGAAGAUAAAUUGGGAGCAGUUUUAUUUCAGGUUCAAAAGGAUUUGAGACAACUCAAAUGUAGUCUUGAGAACAUCACUAUCAAUGAGAGGGGGAAAACACUGGACAUUCAAGCCUUGGACGCUGCUAUUGGCAAGACAGAGAGUAGCAUAAGGAAGCAUGCAGAGGAUUAUCUAAAAACAGUGACUAAGCAGCUGCUGGUUCUUCCAAGAAUUGAAGACUUACAACAAAAGAAGCAGAUUCCCAAGUGGAAACCUGCUCUGGAGAGUAUCCCAGAUGUGCGUCCACCAAGGGAAGACCUUCAAGGGACUUCAACUGGGAAAAAGCACAAGUCUGCGUUAACCACGCAUUUGCUAUGUAAUCCUGCUCACCCAAACAACAGAACCAUUAUGCACCAGCAAUUUGGGAUACCCCUCCCUGAUUUCCACAAGAGGAGCACAAAUGCAGCAAAACAUCACAGAAUAAUCCCUGGCCCUGUGGUGAGUCUUCCGACCAUUGAACCAAAAGGCCGUCAUAGCCUGGCAAUGCCUGAAGAAGACAUGCGGACAAUGCCUGAUAGAAGUUUGCUUCAUAAGUCGAUCCAGCACAAGGCUGCAUCUCUUCACCCCAGGGAGGAUUCAUAUUCUUCUAAGACAGGUCUGAUAGGCUCGAAGUCCCGGUGUCACAAGCAGCUGAAAUGGGAAACAGAACCUGGAUCCACCUGUGAAAAAAUAGCCAGAGAAUGCACACCCCUCUGGACCACCAAGACACCGCCUCCUUCUACAACCUCCAAGAGCGUGGACCACAGGGGUAUGAUGCAAGGCAUCAACGAUCUUAAAAGCCCUGAGAAUCUACCUGUGCAAGUUCCAGUAAACAUCAGCAAAUACCCCUUUACCAUCAUAAAGGGACGGAUCAACCCAAUGGCGACAGAUUUCUGUCAUUUCAAGCAGAGCUAUAGCUUGUGCUGGAGCAGUGUUGUAGAUGCUCUGGAGGCCCUGGAAAAGCUGCUCAGGAACUUUGCUGUGCCUCUAGCCAAAGUGAGCGGGGAACGGCUAGUGGAGUUUGGCCAUGGUUGGGAUAGUGGUUGGAGAAAGGCUCCUCCAGUGAUCGGCCUCCUCUCAGUGCUUGAAAACUGGGAGGAGGUAUUGGGUCUGGUCUCACGCCCAGGUCAGCGCUACAAGGGAGAGGGGGGCAUUGACGCAGCUGCCAUCCACAUCCAGUCCUGCUGGAGGCGCUACUUAGCCCAGACUGCCUACCUGCGCCACUGCCGGCGCAAGUGGGCGGCAGGCACCAUCGCUAUCUCAUGGUUGAUGCACACUCAGAUGCUUCGUGUCAGGAAGGCCCUGCAGGCCCGGCGUUUCAGACAACUGGAGAAUUACCGCAGCAGAGCCCAGCAUCUGGCAGCCAACUGGAAACACAUCCAGUCCUCCAAGAGGACCAUUAUCCACAUCCCUUCAUUAGGAUACUCUCAGAGCCAGCGAAUGAACCUGAGGGGAUUUGACAUCCUACAGAACAUCCAAAUAAGCAGAGUGUGUGAUAUUAGAGAUGAAAAUGUGGAGGUGAUCUACGUAUGUCCGCGGCAUCUGGGGGAAGACAUUUUGCACUAUUACACCAGCCUCCUGAAGUGUGAUGGAGCCACAGAUGAGGAUGAUACCGGGACCCCUCAGGCCUCAUCCUCCUCUGUCAGACGCUUCAUCAUCCUCACACCUGAGGCUGUAGAUUAUUUUCCAACCCAUAACAUGUGCCUGUCUACACUGCUAAAGUACAGUCCACGCACCCUGAAGCGCAUCAGGAACCUGAUCCAGGGGAAGCAGGCCUAUAUCGUGGGUGGAGUAGCCCAUGAGGAUGACUUGGCAGUGGCUGAUGAGCUAGGAGUGCCAAUCCUGGCUCCAGAACCAGCUAUUGCACAGCUCUACAGCUCCAAGUCUGGAGGGAGGAGGAUCUUCGCCGGGGCAGAGGUUGAUGUAGCCCCUGGUCAAGGAGACAUCUACUCACUAAACCAGCUUCAUGAAACACUGGCUAGGAUCAUGACUCAAAACAUUGAUGUGCAGCGCUGGCUAUUCAAGAUGGACUCUGAGCAUGAUGGCCGUGGCACAGCAUACUGUGAUAUAUGCUAUCUUAGCUGCUAUAACUGGGCCCUGCAGGAAUACCAUCGUUAUGGUCCUGAGCUAUGGAACACAGAAUGGAUUCAGGAGUCUGUGCUGCUUAGAUAUCUAGAUGAAAUCCCAGAGUGGCUUGCCCGUUACGGUCAGCCAGCUAAAACCUCCUGCUAUCCCAACUGGGCCUGCUUCCUGAAGACCUUCCUCAGGCAAGGAGGUGUGGUGGAGGCCUACCCCCCUUCAGACAGUGUUACCUGUCUGACAGUAGAUCUGCUGCUGGAGCCCGGGGGUGAGGUGACCAUGCUGUCCUGUGGAGACCAGCUUCACAGCUCCUGUCAACUGGAAGCUAUAGGCUCCACUGUUCCUCAGACCUCUGUACACCCAGAGACCCUGCAAUCCAUUUGCAUGCGUGUGGGCCAGGCCUGUCUACAGCGCCUUAUAGUAGGUUAUGUCUCCGUGGACCUGGCUACAUUUCUGAACCGCAACACCAUGGAGCAAAAGGUGUGGGCUAUUGAUCUGGACCUCACAUACAGUGACCAGCUGGCCAUGACGCAGUUGCUUCUGAUGAUGACUGGAGGAACGCUGAAUUGCCACACAGGCUGUUUAGAAGUGCCAACACCAAUCAGAGAGAAAUGCUGUGAACACCAGAUUGCGGCCAAACCUCCCGUGGUUAAUCGUUAUGCAGUUAUUGGGAGCCACUUGUUUCACUCUAACCUUUCCAUGUUAUACCAUAAUGUGUUCUUUAUGGUGUGCAAGGCUCAUGGAAUAGGAUUUAACGUGAAGAGGAAGCAAGGCACUGUAUUUGCUGUUUACGACAGCAGUGAGCGCCGCACUAUUGGAAUGAUAACAGUCUCAGAAGAUCUCCAGGGAGCUCUGGUGACCUUUGCUCGGAAUCUGUCAGACAUUCAUCAGGAAAUAUCGCCCUCUAAAAUGCAAGGAGAAACCAAUUUUAAGGAGCUGAUCAAGGACAUAGAAGACGUACUGCAGAUGACUGUUCAGAACAAGAUGCGAGCGGUGGAGGGUAAACUUGCUGCUUAGACAGCUGCUUCACCAAUAAACUCUCGGCCAGUUAGGUCAUGUCUUUGCCAGCUUAAAUGUCUAUUUACACUGUGACUAUAUAAACCCUGGAGAUGAAUCAAUGUUGAUCAAACACAAAUAGCCAAAUACAUUCCUAAGAAAUAU